AUGUGGGCUGGAAAUCGAACUGUUGCCGGUGACCAUCUCCAGGUGGAGGGUUUGAGCGCAUUCUUUGCGCCGAUGGCUUGUGCUGUCAAGGUUGGCGAUCCCGAACCGCUGCAUGGACUUUCCAAGGCGGUUCUGGGCGGAAAGGCUAUAAGGAUUCUCCAACACUUUCCACAGCACCGCGGCCAAGGUCCUAAACAACCAUGGGACUCGCAGAUCCGUGAAACAAAUCUCUUUACCUGUGAAUCGACGGCAUAUCGACGUUUGACACACGCUGGAGUCUGUGCUCGGGGUAUAACUCCUCAGUUCUAUGGAACAAUUGAAAAUAUUGAUCCGACGCAGCGCCUACCACAUCUUGAGUUGUUUGUCAAAGAUGAAUAUCCGCCCACAGCCAUCUUCCUAGAGUACAUUCCCAAUAUGAAGGAGUUGAGAUGGACCGAUUACAAUGAAAGCAGGAUGCGAAAUUUUGUUGAUGGAUUGAAUGCAAUCCAUGAUGCACUGGUCUAUCACGAUGAUGUUCAUCCCAGGAAUAUGAUGAUUGUGGAAGAGGAUCCAGAAAGGGCAAUCUGGAUAGAUUUUGACAGGGCACAGACAUUUGAUGGAGAGGUUAAAGAGAGGCAGAAGGGCUGGAUCGCGGGUGAGAAGGAGCUUAUGGCCGAGAUGGCUGAUUUUAUGAAAGAUGACUUUGUCAACGGGACAUUCAAUAAAACAUGUCAGUACUAUCGGUGA